CAGUGCUGUUGUGAACAAUGGCGACCAUGGCGACGUUUCUAUCGAACGUGUGACAUCUCGGAAAAUAAAUAAUAAUUAUAACAACAAUAAUAAUAAUAAUAAUAACAAUAGCUCAUCGUGUAAUUUAUAAACUAAAAUAAUUACAGUUAAUCAACGCAUAUUACUGUACAUAAUAAAAUAAUAUAUAGUGAUAAAUAUAAAUAAUUAAAUGAAUAAAUGGUGAUAAAAUCUAACGAAUGUUGAUAUACAAUGGCGGUAAAUGCCAAUGUACUCUCAAGCGACAUAAGUAGACGAAAUCCACAAGAUGAAUAUGAACUCAUUCAAAGAAUUGGUAGCGGAACUUACGGUGAUGUUUACAAGGCUAAAAGACUGUCCAUGAAUGAUCUUGCUGCGAUAAAGGUUAUCAAGUUGGAACCAGGCGACGACUUUGCUAUCAUACAGCAGGAAAUUUUAAUGAUGAAAGAUUGUCGACAUCAAAAUAUUAUUGCUUACUAUGGCAGUUAUUUGAGACGUGAUAAAUUGUGGAUUUGUAUGGAAUACUGUGGAGGUGGUUCAUUACAAGAUAUUUAUCAUAUUACUGGACCAUUGAGUGAAAUACAAAUAGCAUACAUGUGUCGUGAGACACUUUUGGGACUGGCUUAUUUACACGGAAUGGGAAAGAUGCAUCGAGAUAUAAAAGGCGCGAAUAUAUUAUUGACAGAAUCUGGUGAUGUAAAAUUAGCAGAUUUUGGAGUUUCUGCCCAAAUAACAGCAACAAUCAAUAAAAGAAAAAGUUUUAUUGGGACACCAUAUUGGAUGGCACCAGAGGUUGCUGCUGUUGAAAGGAAAGGUGGAUACAAUCAAUUGUGUGAUAUUUGGGCAUGCGGUAUCACAGCAAUAGAAUUAGCAGAAUUACAACCUCCGAUGUUCGACCUUCAUCCAAUGCGAGCACUAUUUCUUAUGUCUAAGUCAGGAUUUAAACCACCUACAUUAAAGGAUCGCGACAAAUGGAGCCCGACGUUUCACAAUUUUGUUAAAAUCGCGUUGACUAAAAAUCCUAAGAAACGACCGACUGCAGAAAAAUUAUUACAGCAUGCAUUUUUUCAAGGAGAAAUGAGUAAAAGGCUGGCAUUAGAAUUAUUACAAAAAGUAUCAAAUCCAAGUCAUAUGUUUACUGAUUUAGAGGCUGAUGAAGAUGGAGCUGUGCCAAAUGUACCUCAGAGAAUAGCUUCAAGACAUACAUCAAGACCCAGACCAAAGAGUCCUAUUUCUCAAUUAGACAGUGAUGAUCGAAUUAUUCUUGAUAGUGGAACACUACAAAGAGACGACGCAUCACCGCCAAUUGACGGUGGUAACCCUGUUUGGGAUAUCAUGGAUAUCAUGAAUAAUGUUAAGACUGUCCAUAACUGUGAUGUUCAUCCCGAUUGCGGUAUCGGUACAGCAUUUGAUGACGUCCAAGAAAAGAGUCUAUUGCAGUACAUUGAUGAGGAGUUGUUGCUAAGGGGAAAUGCAAUGUCAAUGGUUGAUGGUCAUUGUGACCAGCUAUACUCCCUGCAGGCAACGCUCCCACUCGGUGAAUCCUCGGACAAAUGUGAAGUCCAUCGAGGCUUCUAUUCAAAUUUAGCGGGGUCACAAGCGAGUCCCAGACGUCACAGCUCUGUGGACGAGUUGUAUGGUUUAGUGAGCGGUUCCUUGUCUUUAUCAUCAAUCAAUGGUCAACGUCAACGUUCGUUGUCAGACAGUGGGCCUAGAGAUGAUUCUCCGCGGUACAAUGGUGAUAGAGAGUCAACGGGUAAUGACGAUGAAGAAGGUAUUGGACCAGAUUUAUUGUCUGAUACACCACCAGUACCACCAAGAAGAAGGGAUAGAAAGAGACAUACUCCACCUAGACCAACGAGUAAUGGUUUACCUCCAACACCAAAAGUUCAUAUGGGAGCUUGUUUUUCAAAAGUAUUUAAUGGAUGUCCAUUAAGAAUACACUGUACAGCUAGUUGGAUCCAUCCUGAUACAAGAGAUCAGCAUUUAUUGAUAGCCGCUGAAGAGGGUAUUUAUAAUUUAAAUCUUAACGAGUUACAUGAAACAGCAAUUGAUCAGUUGUACCCAAGACGUACGAUAUGGAUGUACGUCAUCAAAGAUGUCCUUAUGUCUUUAUCAGGAAAAACACCACAAUUAUAUAGGCAUGAUUUAUUAGCAAUGCAAAGUAAACAAACCCACAGGUUUUCGUUGCAUAUGAAUAAAAUACCUGAGCGGUUGGUACCGCGUAAAUUUGCACUCACUACUAAAGUACCAGACACUAAAGGUUGUAGUAAAUGUUGCGUCGGAAGAAAUCCAUACAAUGGAUACAAAUAUUUGUGUGGUGCGACUCCUGCUGGUAUAUUUUUAAUGCAAUGGUAUGACCCUUUAAAUAAAUUUAUGCUGCUAAAACACUUUGACUGUAUACUACCUUCGCCAUUAAAUGUAUUUGAGAUGAUAAUAACACCAGAUAUGGAGUAUCCGAUGGUUUGUGUAUCAGUUAAACAGGCUUAUCAACAAAAUAAAUUAAAACUUGAUUUAAUAAAUAUGAAUUCUGGUGCCAGUUGGUUUCAUAGUGAUGAAUUGGAAGAUAUCGAUGGCUCUGCCACUGUAAUUCCAAGGCGAGAAAAUUUACAUGUAAUUAAUGUUACGCAAUUUGAAAAAGAUUCUAUUCUUAUUUGCUACGACAAUGUUGUUAAGUUUGUAACAUUACAAGGCAAACCACGUACGAGUAAAAAACAAUUAUCUGAAUUACAAUUUAAUUUUCAAAUUGAAUCAAUAAUUUGUUUGCCUGAUAGUCUGCUAGCAUUUCAUAAACAUGGAAUGCAAGGAAGAAGUUAUAAAAAUGGUGAAGUAACACAGGAAAUAAGUGAUCCCAGUAGGACGUAUAGGUUACUUGGCUCUGAUAAAGUUGUAAUGUUAGAAAGUCAUUUAGUUCAUUCAGGAACAUUAAGUGAAACAGAAGGAGCUGAUCUGUAUAUACUUGCUGGCCAUGAAGCCAGUUAUUGAAAAAAUAAAAAAACGCCUUUACUUCUGCAUGCCAAUAAAUUUUAAAAAACGAGUUUGUGCAUCAACGCAUCAUUAAAAUAUUGAAUGAAAAAAGAAAACAAAUACGAUCAGCUGAAUAAGCAUAAACUCGUGGAGUUGAGCUGAAUAACUACUUGCGUUUUCCAUUACCACAAAAUGGAGGCGAUUUAAAGAAAAUAGGUAAAUAAAAUUUAAAAUAAUAUGUAAAUUUGUGAUUUACGUCUUCGUAUAUUAUUAAAAAUAUUCAGAUUUUUAAUUGCUGGGAUAAUGUGAUAGAUAUUAACGAUUCCAGUUGUAAAGACGAGCUGUUAUUUUUCAUUUGAACCCUUUUUAAUUUUUUUUUUUACUUUGUUUAAAAAAGAAAAAAUUUUUUCGCAUAUGUAAAUUAAAUUAGACGAGAUUUCGUUAGAGAUUAAUAUUUAAAUUUUAUUUUAAUCUAUCGGUAGAUUAUUAAUUUUUUUAUAUUAAUUAUAAUUCAAUUUUUAAUCGACCAAAGUUUAAAUUUAAAUUAUUUUUAAAAAGCUUACAGGCUGAUAAAUAUUUUAAACAAAUAUAUGUUUUUUAAACUGUAAAUAUAAAGAGCUUAAUAAUAAAUU